AUGGGUGCCGGACGUCGCAUGAACAAGAAGCAGGGCAUGCCCGAGGUGCUAGACGAGACGAAGAUCUCAACGAAGAAGCGAAAGUCGGUAGCUCCCACGGACAGCGCCAUCAAAAAGCAGAAGACGGUUGAAGUCAAGCCUGCAAAGAAGCCGACCACGAAUGGCACUGCCAAGAAGGCUGUGCCAGCGGCGAAGGCGCCGAAGAAGCGACAGCCAGAGCCAGAGCCAGAGCCCGAGCUCGACGACGACGAUGUUGCACAUCUCAGCGGCGACGCAAUAGACGGCGCCGAUGUGCUGGAGGACGAGCUGAACGGAGUAGGAACGGCUGACCUUGACCUGGACGAUGAUGCAUAUGGCAGCGAUGCGAGCCGUCUCGAGCAUGCACUUUCGGGCUCAGACGACGAUGUCGACUACUCGGACGACGAGGUGCAAAAGCAGAAGAUGUGGUCAGACGAUGAAGACGAAGACGAUGGCAUGGAGAAGCUGAAUGCUGCCAAUAUCGCCGGUCUUACGAGGAAGUUGGACAAGAAGAGAGCACAAGAUGCCGCAGAUGCUGAAGCAGAAUUGCGACAAGAUGCGAUGCAGACGAACAUCGAGGCAGACCUGGACGAGGGCCAAGAAGAUGGCAAGUCGAGUAUGCUCGCACCAGACUUGCAGAUGCUGCGAACGAGCAUCACAGAGACGGUGCGUGUCUUGACCAGUUUCAAGGAUCUGGCGGAACCGGGAAAGAGCAGAGCAGACUAUACACAGGCGCUGCUGAACGACAUCUGCACAUACUACGGAUACUCGCCCUUUUUGGCCGAGAAGCUGUAUUCGCUGUUCCCGCCGCAGGAAGCACUGGCCUUCUUCGACGCCAACGAAACGCCUCGACCGAUGGUCAUCCGCACAAAUACACUACGGACACACAGGCGAGAUCUCGCGCACUCGCUGAUCAACAGAGGUGUCACGUUGGAGCCUGUCGGGAAGUGGUCCAAAGUCGGUCUGCAGAUCUUCGAGUCGCAAGUGCCGCUCGGUGCCACUCCAGAGUACCUGGCAGGACAUUACAUCCUGCAGGCUGCGUCGUCUUUCCUUCCAGUCAUGGCUCUGGCACCGCAAGAGCACGAGAGGGUGCUCGACAUGGCCGCUGCUCCAGGAGGAAAGACGACACAUUUGGCGGCACUCAUGCGCAACACCGGCUGUAUCUUCUCCAACGACGCCAACAAGGAUCGUGCCAAGGGUUUGAUUGGUAACAUUCACCGACUCGGCGUCAAGAAUACGAUCGUGUGCAACUAUUCUGCUCUGGAAUUCCCCAAGGUCAUGGGUGGCUUUGACCGAGUCCUGCUCGACGCGCCUUGCUCGGGUACUGGUGUUAUUGCAAAGGAUGCCAGCGUCAAGACGAAUAAGACCGAAGCCGACUUCCUCCGCCUACCGCAUCUUCAGAAACAGCUUCUGCUAGCAGCAGUCGACUCUGUGGACCACGCGAGCAAGACUGGAGGCUAUAUCGUCUACAGUACAUGUUCAGUCACAGUCGAGGAGGACGAGCAGGUCGUGCAAUACGUUCUCAACAAGCGACCCAACGUGAAGCUGGUACCGACAGGCCUUGUCUUCGGUAAGGAAGGGUUCACCCGAUACCAAUCGAAGCGCUUUCACCCGAGUAUGAAAGAGACAAGACGAUACUACCCACAUGCAUACAACGUCGACGGCUUCUUCAUCGCCAAGCUUAAGAAGACUGGCCCCACACCGGCGAAUGCUGUCAAGGCGCAAGGCAGCGCAGAGGAGAAGAAGCAACAUGCGAAUGGUGGUAUUACCGAGAAGGACGCAGACGAUGAAGAUGUGCAUGUACCAAUCACGGAAGAGAGUGAUGCAGCGAAUGGUGCAAGUGAUGAUUUCGGUGGCUUCGACGACGACGAAGAUGAAAAGAUCAUCGAGAGGAGUCUGAAGAAGCAGUUGAAGAAGAAGGGUAUCGACCCCAAGGCGAGCAAAAGUAAAGCUGUCAAGACUGUCUUGCUCAGGAUAAGCACUGUUUUCGCGUUCUCUGGAUAUACCGCCGCAUGGUCUUACUUCCAGGUUAUAGCCUUUGGAGCGACGAUGCUCGUAUGGGCGCGGAAAGAGCCCGCAAACCUGAACUAG